UCAAGUUUUUUUUUAAUAUUCAAUUCGCAAACGGAAAUAACACACGUAUCACACUCUAUUGUGAGCAAAAAAGAAAAGCAGUAAAAGGGGCAAAAUGUUAAUAUUUCUAAAUCAAGAAUUAUAUCGAUAUGCUGUUGCAUUGAUUGGCAUUACCAUUGUAAUCGGAAGUAGAUGUCUGUGUAUUCAAGCUACCCACGAUGGAACAGAUAACAGCAACAACUACUUGAAUCUAAUUGAUGCAACCUUUGCAUCAGCAACCGCAACUAAUGAAUUCUCGAAUAAAGAGGAUAAUGAAGUAUUUACUAGCACUACAGAUGCUACUGCAGUUGGUGAAAAUCCUGAUAAAUUUACUCCCUACUUGAAUAUUUCUCAGUAUCCUGGAGAACUAUGCAAUCGUGUUUGUGUGAGUGGUCAACAACGUGUGUGUUACUUUGAAUUUACUUUAGAAUACUAUCAAGCCAUGGGAGUUGCGUGUGGCAAAUGUGCUCAAGGUGUUGAAGAGGAUUGCAAUAAUCCGCAAUGUAUUGUAGGUGAUGGUGUGGAAAAGGGUGUAAUGAGUAUUAAUCGUCAAAUACCAGGACCUGCUAUACAAGUGUGCAAAAAUGAUUUACUUAUCAUUGAUGUGCAUAAUAAUGCUCAUGGCUCUGCGGCGGCUUUGCAUUGGCAUGGUUUACACAUGUUGGAGACACCUUUUAUGGAUGGAGUGCCUUUUUUGACACAGUGUCCCAUACCCUUCGCUAAUACCUUUCGCUAUCAGUUCUAUGCCACUGAGCCCGGAACGCAAUUUUAUCACUCACAUGCAGGUCAUCACAAGGUUAAUGGACAAUACGGCGCUUUAAUAGUAAGACAAGCGCAGGAAAAUGAACCCCUUAGUAAUUUAUAUGAUUAUGAUUUGCCAGAGCAUCACAUUUUAAUAUCUGACUGGAUGCAUACGUAUGCUGAACAAUAUUUUCCCGGUCUACCCAGUUCUCGGGGAAUAUUUCCUAAUUCGGUAUUAAUUAACGGCCGAGGAGUUUAUACUAAUCCUAGAACUAAACAACAAACCAAAGUACCACCAACUGUGUAUUAUGUCACUCCUGGCAAACGUUAUCGCUUCCGUUUAAUAAAUUCUAUUAGUCAUGCUUGUCCUUUUCAAAUGCAGAUUGAAAAACACAAUUUGACCAUAAUUGCUUCCGAUUCCUAUGAUGUGUUGCCACGCCCAUUUGAUACUUUAGUAACGAAUUCCGGUGAACGUUACGAUUUUAUUUUGGUAGCAAAUCAUACUAAGGGUGAUUUUUGGAUACGUGUCAGGGGAAUGGGUGUUUGCUCCAUAAAUCCAACUGAAUCAUUUGCAUUGCUAAGAUAUGAAUCUAAUGAAAUAGUUAAUAGGGAUGAGGAUUUACAAGUUCCUGAUUUUCCUAAAUAUGAAAAAGGUUUUCAACCAGGCAUAUAUUUAAAUCAUCCUAAUGCCACCUGUUGGGGUGGUGAAAAUGAUCAUUGUAUAACUGAAUUGACAGCUUUAGAAGAGGAUGUCGCAUUGCGUAAUGCAGUACCAGAUCAUAAGUUCUUUUUAGCUUUCCACAAUUAUCCAGUACCUAAUAAGGAAAUUUUUAAACCGGGACAAUAUAACCAUUUCUCUAAUCUCAAUGGCAAUUUGACGAUAGUUGGUGCCAUUAAUAAUCUUAGUUUAGUAUUUCCCGAUUAUCCUCCACUUACUCAGCCCGAAGAUAUUGAUGAGUCUCAGUUUUGUGAUGAUCUAAAUUGGCCAGCCAAGUGUGCUGGCAAUCAUUUGUGUCCUUGUAUACAUCGUCUGCAGGUUGAGCGCAACAGCAUUGUGGAAUUGAUUAUAGUGGAUGAAAGUGAAAAUGUAGGUCGUAUGCAUCAUCCAUUUCAUUUGCAUGGAUAUCGAUUUAUGGUCACUGGUUUGGGACAACAUCCGGAUGGCGUCCCCAUGAGUAUACAACGAGCUAAACAAAUGGAACGUAACCGCAUGUUGCCAAGAGAUUAUUUUAAUGCUCGUCCUCCAUUUAAAGACACAAUUUCAAUACCCAGUCGUGGUUAUGCAGUCAUACGCUUUAGAGCAACGAAUCCUGGUUUCUGGUUAAUGCACUGCCAUUAUGAAUGGCAUUUGGCCAUUGGCAUGGGUCUUAUUUUGCAAGUUGGCACCCCUCAACAAAUGGUAACAGCACCCUCAGAUUUCCCCCGCUGUGGUAAUUAUGUGCCACCCGUAAAAAUGCCCAAUUUUUGAGCUCUUUUUUUCUGAUGUAUUCUACCUUUUUGUUGUUUCAUUUAUGUUUUAACAAAUUCUUUAUUAAAUAUAUUUUAUACUGAAAGGAAUACAAUCCUUUCUCACCUUCUACCCCUUUAUGUGUAAACAAAAUAUGGACAAAGAAAUAAAAAACAACAAAAUAAAUUGUAGA